UGGAGGAUCGGGGUGAGACCAGGGACGGAGAGGUGGAGGAUCGGGGUGAGACCAGGGACGGAGAGGUGGAGGAUCGGGGUGAGACCAGGGACGGAGAGGUGGAGGAUCGGGGUGAGAUCAGGAACGGAGAGGUGGAGGAUCUGCACAAGACCAGUGACGGGAGAGGUGGAGGAUAGGGUUGAGACCAGGAAUGGAGAGGUGGAGGAUAGGGGUGAGACCAGGAACGGAGAGUUGGAGGAUAGGAGUGAGACCAGGAAUGGAGAGGUGGAGGAUAGGGGUGAGACCAGGACGGGAGAGGUGGAGGAUAGGGGUGAGACCAGGACGGGAGAGGUG